AAAAAGGAGGAAAAUACUGCUUUCCCUUCCCAUACUAGCAGAUCACUCGCUCUCCCUCACUCCAUUCCAUGGUUGGUGGUCACUGAUGGCGCGCCUCUCCUGCAUCCUCCUCCUCUCUCUCCACGUCUCCCUGCUGCUGCUAACCCCUAGCUCCGGCCAGGUCGGGGGUUCGUGCUCGUCGGCCCGCGACUGCGGGACGGGCCUGUAUUGCGGCGAUUGCGCCGCCACCGGCAGGACGCGGCCGUCCUGCAUCAGGGACCUGGCCAUACAGCCCACCUCCAUCGUGAAGGGGCUGCCCUUUAACAGGUACUCAUGGCUGGUGACUCAUAAUUCAUUCUCCAUUGUUGGCGAGCCGUCGCGCACUGGGGUCGAGAGGGUUACAUUUUACAACCAGGAAGAUACUGUCACCAACCAGCUGAGGAAUGGAGCGAGGGGAUUGAUGCUGGAUAUGUAUGACUUUGGAGGUGAUGUCUGGCUCUGCCACUCACUGCAAGGGCAAUGCUACAACUUCACCGCUUUUGAACCAGCAAUUGACACAUUGCAAGAGGUGGAAUCAUUUCUAUCUGAGAACCCCACAGAGAUUGUCACGAUAUUCAUUGAGGAUUAUGUACAUUCGCCAAUGGGAUUGAGCAAACUCUUCACUGCUGCUAACUUGAUGAAGUAUUGGUACCCUAUAUUGGAAAUGCCAACUAAUGGCAAGGACUGGCCAAGCGUCACAGAUAUGGUUGCAAAGAACCACAGGUUGCUAGUGUUUACUUCAGAUGCUUCAAAGGAGGCUAGUGAAGGAAUAGCUUACCAAUGGAGCUACUUGCUGGAGAAUGAGUCUGGAGAUCCAGGUACUGUGCCUGGAUCUUGUCCAAAUAGAAAGGAAUCACAGCCACUGAACGCAAGAUCUGCAUCUCUACUUCUGCAAAAUUACUUCCCCUCAAUUCCUGUGCAGAAUGAAGCAUGCAAAGAGAAUUCGGUCGGACUACCACAGAUGGUCCAAACUUGUUAUGCUGCAGCUGGAAAUAGAAUCCCGAACUACAUAGCUGUAAAUUUUUACAUGCGAAGCGAUGGUGGGGGUGUUUUUGAUGUUCAAGACAGAAUCAAUGGCCUCACGCUAUGUGGUUGCAAUACCAUUUCUGCUUGCCAGGCUGGAGCACCGACCAGUGCAUGCAAGAACACCGGUGCACCUAAUCGGACUUCCUCUUCCACUUCCUCUUCCGUAGAUGGAAACACCUAUUCAGGAACAGUAGAAUUCAAGUUCCCUGCUUCAAGGGCCAGCAGUACUUCCAUCUGGAGUAACAUUGUUGUUUCGCUAAGUCUGUUGUUGAUUGUUAAGUCCUACUGAUUUUUCAGGCUUUAGUUUUCAUGUCUUCGUGGGUUUGUCAAUUUUUCCUUUCUUCUUUUAUAUAUCGGCAUCUGUUGGCAUGUUGCUUCAUGAUGGGAUGACGGUUAGUGACCUGCUAGCUUUCUAGGCUAGACUCAGAAGUAUAUAAUGAGGUUGGGUUCAGUGUUGGAUAGAACAAUUAAUGUGCAAGCUAGCAAUCUUUGGUGGUUUAGCCCCCCGCCAGAGUAAUACAAAGACUUAUUCUUGUAUGGUUCAAUAUACAAAGUUGUGUUAUGAGAUGAAGUUGUACAAACUACCACUGAACAGUUAUGUAAAAACUGAAGUAGUGAGUGAGCCAGACUGUGAGAGACCUCUCUAUGCAAAAAGCAAAUAGAAACAGGGAGUGCCUAUUCUCA